UAUGCCGCUGUUGCCUAGCAGCAGCCCUUGCUGGAAAUUGCAAUCUAAUGUUUCUUGUUUUCUCUCAAUCUCUUGCACCCUCCCUGGCUGGCAAAAGGAAAGCCCAAGCAAAAGUUUGUUGUGCCCCAGAUCGUCGCUCCCAAAAUCCCCGAUGGAGAGAGGGUGGACUUUGAUGACAUCCAUCGCAAGCGUCUGGAGAAGGACUUCAUGGAGCUGCAGGGUCUGAUCGACUCGCACUUCGACAACAGGAAACAGGAGGAAGAGGAACUCAUCGCCCUCAAGGAGAGAAUCGAGAAGCGCAGAACCGAGCGCUCGGAUCAGCAGAGAAUCCGCACCGAGAAAGACAAGGAGCGCCAGGCCCGCAUUGCUGACGAGAAGGCUCGCAAGGAGGAGGACAGGGCGAGGAAGAUGGCAGAGGAUGACAUCAUGAAGAAGAAGGCCCUGUCCAACAUGGGAGCGGCGUACGGUGGCUACCUGCAGAAGGCGGAGAAGGGCCGCGGUAAGAAGCAGACGGAGCGGGAGAAGAAAAAGAAGAUCCUGGCUGACCGACGCAAGCCGCUCAACAUCGACCACCUGGGAGAGGACAAACUCAAGGAGAAGGCCAAAGAGCUGUGGCAGUGGCUCUACGAUCUGGAGUCGGAGAAGUUUGACCUGCAGGAGAAGCUCAAGAGACAGAAAUACGACAUCAAUACGCUGACUCAUCGUUGCGAUGAGCUGUCAAAGUACAGCAAGAAAGGAACAAAAGGGAAGAAAGUCGGCGGCCGAUGGAAGUAAGCGGCGCGCCCUGGAGCAGCAGCCCGGCCGGAGGCAGCGGAGGAGGCAGCGGCGGUGGCAUCGGCAGCGAGCCACCUCACCAACAACUUACAACGGCUCGACAUCUGCCCAUCGUCACAGCAGUCGCCCAGAAAAACACAACCACAACAACAAUAACAACAAAAAACGAAAAAAAAUCCGAGGCACAAAGGAGAGCCGGGAGAAACCACCGCGGCGUUUUCGUCCUUUGCCUUCAUCUGCCCGGGGGCUGACGCACCUCACGCCACCACCAUCACCACCACGUGCACCAUCGUCACAAACACCAUUUUUCUUCUUCUUGGUUCUUUCGGUAAAGUCACGUAGAAGGGAAAUAAUAAAAUAAUAAAAAUAAUAAAAUUUAUUUUAUUAAAAAUAAUAAAAUUUAUUUAUAAAUAAAAUUUAUUUUAUUAUUUUUAUUAUUUUAUUUCCCUUCUACGUGACUUUACCGAAAGAACCAAGAAGAUGAAUCCCUGCAGUCACGAAAGCUUUAAAUCGAAACACCAUUUUAUUUAAACGCGCGUCUGCCCCACCACGUGCUGUGUGGACACUCGGCGCGGUAACGCUUGCGGGGCUUUGUACGCCACGCCGCUCAUCGAUCGUGAGGUCUCGCAAAUGUAGAUAAACGCAAAGUAAAACUUUUAUUUUUCCCUCAUCCCACUGCAGUUCUUUUUUUUUCUGCUCGGUGUUGGCUUGAAUAGGAUUAAUAAAACUGUUACUAUUCAAA